AUGCAUCCCCACGCAGACAAAGUGGUGCAUGAGGUGGACGGAUACUUCCUCCACCACGGGCGCUUCCCCAACGCCCGAGCCAAGCAGCGGUUUCUGGCCGCGGGUUUCUCCAGCGUGGUCUGUCUCUACUUCCCGCUCGCCAAGAACAACCGAAUCCAUUUCGCCUGCCGUCUCCUCACGAUUUUCUUCUCGGUCGAUGAUUUCCUGGAGGAAAUGUCCUUCAGCGAAGGCGAGGCCUACAACAAGAAGCUUAUGCGUCUUGCCGCCGGCACGACCCUCCCCGAUAGGACCGUGCCGGCCGAGUUCAUCUUCCAUAAGUUGUGGGAGGGCAUGCGCGCACGCGACGAGGAGCUGGCUGAUAAGAUCCUCGAGCCAAUGUUCACAUUCAUGCGGGCGCAGACAGACCAGGUGCGGAGGGAGAUUGUCGACUUGCGCCAGUACCUAGAGUAUCGCGAGAAGGAUGUUGGGAAGUCCCUCCUAUCCACCCUGAUGAGACAAGUCGCCAUCGUCAAUGACAUCUGCUCCUGGGAGAAGGAGCUUCGUUCCUCGCGGGCUCUGCACCAAGAAGGGGCGGUGCUGUGCUCUGCCGUGAAGGUCCUAGCGGAUACCACGCAGCUCGGUAUCGAUGCCUCCAAGCGUGUUCUGUGGGCUAUGGUGCGGGAGUGGGAGGGGGUGCAUGAAGAGAUGGCGGCUGUGCUUGCGGAGGAGGUUGUUCGGAUGCUGUCCGGCUCUAUGUCAAGGGACUGGAGUGUCUGA